UAUCAAAAUGGCAAAAAAAUACUCCUCACUUCUCCUCUCCCUCCUCCUCCUCCUUAACUCUCUCCCAAGUUUCAAUGCAUCGCCGGAAUAUUCCCGUCCUCCUCCCCGUCCCGCCAUCUUCACCGGUCCUACACGGUCCGAAUCCGAGCCCGAACAGGUACAUAUUUCUUUAGUAGGAAAAGAUUACAUGAGAGUAACAUGGAUAACAUCUCAUAAACAUGAAAAAUCCAUCGUAGAGUAUGGUACAUCACCGGGAAACUACGAUAAAUCAUCGACGACCGGAGAACGUAUGUCAUACCGUUACUUUUUCUACAACUCCGGCGUAAUUCACCACAUCACAAUUGGGCCGUUAGGCCCAAACAAGACGUAUUAUUAUCGAUGUGGUGGAAAUGGGCCGGAGUUUAGUUUUAAAACGCCACCUUCAACAUUUCCCAUUGAAUUUGCCAUCGUUGGUGACUUGGGCCAAACAGAAUGGACAGCCUCAACUUUAGAACAUAUAGGUGCAAAAGACUAUGAUGUACUUUUGUUGCCUGGGGAUUUAUCCUAUGCUGACACACAACAACCACUUUGGGACUCAUUUGGUAGAUUGGUUGAGCCUUAUGCAAGUAAAAGGCCUUGGAUGGUGACACAUGGCAAUCACGAAAUCGAAACGUUCCCAAUAAUUUAUCGUCAUGGUUUCAGAGCUUAUAACUCGAGAUGGUUAAUGCCAUAUCAACAAAGUGGUUCAACAUCGAACCUAUACUACUCCUUUGACGUGGCAGGGUGCCACGUCAUCAUGUUGGGAUCCUACGUGGACUUUGAUGCCCAAUCGGAUCAAUACACGUGGCUACAAGGUGACUUGGCAAAAAUCGAUAGGGGGGUGACACCGUGGAUUUUCGUGCUCGUCCACGUGCCGUGGUACAACACUAAUUUAGCUCAUAAAGGGGAAGGUGAAAGUAUGAGGAAAUCAAUGGAAGAAUUGUUGUACAAUGCUAGAGUAGAUGUUGUCUUUGCGGGGCACGUUCAUGCUUAUGAACGUUUUACUAGGGUUUAUGAUAACAAGGCAGAUCAAUGUGGUCCAAUUUAUAUGACAAUUGGAGAUGGAGGAAAUAGGGAAGGGCUUGCUAUGAUCUUUGAAAACCCUAGCCCAUCAAUCUCAAUGUUUAGAGAGGCAAGUUUUGGACAUGGUAGAUUGAAGGUAUACAAUGAGACACAUGCACAUUGGUCAUGGCAUAGGAACAAUGAAGCUAAUAACACAUUCAUGGCUGAUGAAUUAUGGCUUAAAAGUUUUGCUUCCUCUAAAUCAUGUUUGCCUCAUCAUGAGAAAUUUCAAGAAAUGAAGGAUGAACUCUAGCAAUGGCAAUGAAUCAAAAUUGUUUGAAUUUUUCAA